AACUACUUAGAAUAGAUCUUAAAAAUUCACACCCUCCUCCACUUACACCCCCAACCCCCAACAAAGUGCCUUUUCCAGCGCUUAAUUAGGGCAGGCAGGGACAUACUUUAACUCUCUGUCCUCGAGACCCUAAUCAGAACUGGUCUGCCCCCUUGCGGUCUCUUCGGUGCCACAACCUCAAUCAACCCUCGGUCACCGAGCCUCUCCUUCGCCGCGCUGUACUUUGAGUACUGCAAGGGGCACUGAAUAGUAAAUUCCUGACUCUGUCAUCUCCGGACUCGCCACCAUCCCUCCUUCCAAGCCUUUCGAAUCUUCUCCAGGGAACAAAUAAAGGAAACGAAGGUGGACAAAUGUCCACUAGGAAAUCAGGGACCUACCCAUACUCCGUUCCCUGCGCUAGAAGUCACAGAAUUCAGGGCGCAGGGGCCGAGGGGCCCGGAUAGAAAAGUCAGGAACAACCGAGUUCGGCUUUGACCUCUAGAGUCGUGGCUGGCUGGCAUCUGAGCUGGUAACGUGCGUGGCGGGUUAUGUAAGGAAAGGGCCAGAGGAGCCGCCCCAGUGGGAGUGCGCGAGAGGACGCGGUGUUCUCGGCGGCAGUCCCCACCCUCCUCACCCAGUAGGGCAGGAGGCACCCAACUUGUAGGAGGAGGAGGCGGAGAGGAUGAAGCAGAAACCCGAGAGUCACGAGGGCCGCGCGACCCAGAGGGGGAGAGGAUACACAGUGGGAUACAUCCAUUCUCUCACUACACGUUGCAGACUCCAGUCGCUGAUGGCUUCCACGUGCUGCCCUCGUGAGAUGAGGCGCUCAGAGGGGAGGGGAGCAGCGGGGGAGGGGGGCGCUGCUACCGAGGAGGAACCCCGAGUCCCACAUCACAACACGCGACCCGCAGAUCUCACAACCAGUCUGCAUACUCCAACCGCACGUCUUCUGCCCACCAUCAUCCUAUUUAACGCCACGGGCUCCGCCCUUUUCCACUCUUUUCCCGUCCUCCUCCUUUUCUCAUCACCGGGUCCUGUUCUCAGGCCGCAUGUAGGGGCGGGGCACGGAAUUAUUCCCUUUCAGCCAAUCGUCAUCUACCUGGGUCUCUAUUGGCCGAGCCCCUGUAGGCUGUAGCAAAUUGAAUGUGAACUUCGGUAACAAGAGUCACGUGCCACCGGCUAGACGGCCAAUGAGGGUGCGAGGUCUGUGUACGCAGGGGUAAGGCACGUGCCCAGACGCACGUGUCGGGGAGGGGGGAGAGAAGGGGCGGGACCAGUGGGAGAGAGGCGGAGGUGGGCAGCAGAGACCCGCAGAGUUAGAGAAGGAGCAGGAGACAGCCUGGGCUGAGCGGACCGGCACGGGUGAGGAGGCUUGCAGGAUAAGGAAGCGAACCGCGCGAGAGGAUCAGACCCGGAGGGAUUGCAGGUUCCGAUUUUUGGGUACUCCGGGAGUUGCUCUCCAGCCCCUGCUUCUGAACCUAUGGAUUCUCCAGCUAGCGUUUCCUCCUGUUCUUCCUACUCUCUCUCUUCCUCUUUUUCCACCUCCCCAGUGAACAGUGACUUUGGCCUCCUCUCCGAUAGUGAGGGGGAGGACAAGGAGACCCAUGACCCCAUGUCCGACCCUGUCGGGCAAAGGGGAGGUUCUCGGCCCAGCCCUGGUCCUAUCCGCUGCAGACAACGGCCCAAGGUUUCCAGCAACCAACAUACAGCAUCUCACUUGGAACAACGGUGCUUGGCCUCUCCUUUGGCAGGAUCUGGGGUCAAAAGAUCAAGAGAUGGUGAAUUACAGCCCAACAUAAACAUCCAGGGUUGUACCACAGAAGGAGACCUGCUUUUUGCUCAGAAGUGUAAAGAGCUUCAAGGAUUCAUUCGCCCUCUCACAGACCUACUGAAUGGGCUGAAGACCGGUCGAUUUGAGAGAGGAUUGAGCAGUUUCCAGCAGAGUGUGGCAAUGGAUAGAAUCCAGCGUAUUGUAGGUGUUUUGCAGAAGCCACAGAUGGGGGAACGUUACCUAGGAACCUUGCUACAGGUAGAAGGGAUGUUAAAGACUUGGUUUCCUCAUAUAGCUGCCCAAAAGUCAUCACUGGGUAAUAGCAGGCAUCAGCUGACCAAGCAUUUUCCAAGCCACCACAGUUCCUCAGCUGCUUCCUCUCCUGCACCUCCCAUGGAAAAGACGGACCAGACACAGCUAGGACAUCUACUGUUGAAACCAAAGCAGCCUUGGCAUCUCACUGAAUGGCCAACUAUGCACCUGACUUGGAUCCACACCACUCCAAUUUGCAACCCCCCCCUCAGUUCCCCAGGUACCAUUUCCUUUAGCCAUGGUCCUUUAGGCACUGGAGCCAGCAUUGGUGUCAUCCUUUUUGUCCAGCAUGGAGUGCAGCCCUUCACCCACUCUGCCCCAGCCUCUCCAGUUCCACCCACUACAGCAUCUCCUGUCAUCCCUGGUGAUCCUAAGAAACUCUCUGGAGAUGGACCUUAUUGCCACCACUUGCCAGUAACUCUGCCACCAGAUUGGGGCUGUACCCGAUCUGGUCCUAGUCUACCCACCAUGGUCAGAGAGAUGACUGUGGGACAGCUAGAGCAAUGGAGAAGCCAUCCUCCAGUUGCUCCUGAUGUCCAUUCUCUCAACCCCUAAUCCAGGACUUGAGACUGUGGUUUCUGAUUUGUGUAAAUAUAUGUCUCUGUCAUCUAUUUUUUUUUUUUACUUUUAAUGUGUGCAUUUGUGUUGAGGGAAGAGAAGUCCUUUUUGAUUAAAGAAAUUUUAUACCUAAACAGUUUGUUGAUUGAAGGAAGUUGCAACUUUCUGCUCUAAGUACCAGUAUCGAUCCUCUGAGCUGCAGAGAAGGAAGGGG